AGUGUUGGUUGGCGCCCUGCAGUGGCCGGCUGUGGGUCUCAGUGGCAGCCGGCUGCAUUUGCUACAAUACGCAGCGCUGCUGAGUUAGUGUUACGUGCUGUCGUCAAACCUGAGCGGACCCAGUGGACGGUGUGUCAUGAAAACCAGGGGCGCAUUUGUCAGUGGCGGAUCGUCGCAGUGCUCUCUCCGCUCACGCCUGUAGUCCACUCGCUCUCUCUCUCUUCGCUCUCUCGCUCUCGCUCUCGCUCUCUCUCUCUCUCUCUCUCUCUCUCUCUCUCUCUCUCUCUCUCUCUCUCUCUCUCUCUCUCUCCUCUCUCUCUCUCUCUCUCUCUCUCUCUCUCUCUUUCUCUCCUCUUUCCGGCGAUGGCUGUGACGAAGUGACGAUGUGGCCGACUCAAGCGUGAUAGCACGUGCCCGAGGUCCGCACGAGGCCGUCACGAGCUUCACACCCCAGCCGGCGGCCCGGCUCGGGGUGGAACCUUUCCGUCGGAACAGGAAGGGGAGGCGUGACACGCACCUGUGCACCGGCCCGUGCAAAACUGCCGCCGUGCGCGCGGUGACCCUGGUCGGCCCCACUAGAUCCGCCCCGAGAACUCCCAACCUGUGCUGAGAGGUCCCAUCGGUCGGCCGGCCUUUGAAGAGGACUGGACAUCACGCAUUAGACGCCCACUGACUGAUAGCGGUGCGGUUUUUGUAAUCAAGUGACCCCGAAACAGGAGGCGGCCGCACUGCGAGGCCCGACUCUCUGACGUGAGAUUAGCACACCGCUCGUGACUUUUGAGAGUCACUCAUUGUUGUGGGAUUUUCGCCUGGUGUGUGGGCGCAUUAGUUCAUGAUUGUGCGUUGAGUGGAGAGGAUCGUGUGCCAGUGAGAGACAGAGAAGGAGAGGCAUGUGAUCGAUCAUGGUGUCAGAGCGUGCCGGGAGCGAGAGACCGAGCCGGAAAUGAAGAGGAAGUGGAGAAGAACGAAAAACAGCCCGUCCCUUAUACAUUUAGCUGGAAAAGAUUCAGAGAAGACGCCAGAGCACCGGUCCCUGCAUGGAACCCUGCUGCGACACUUCUCCAAGUCGGCCAUUGACCUCACCAGGUCACGGGACAGGUCAAAUGACAGAGCCGGCACCGGUGAGGACGAGGCUCGAGCCGAGAGCUCUGACAGGAGCGAGGCGUCCGUGCACACCCACAGCCACCUGGCAGAGAAGGUGGCUCUCGCGCAGAAGACGCACGGCUUUCUCAACACGCUGCGGCAUCGUUUUCAGAAGUCGCACAGCCGUGACCGUGAGCGUGAGCCGUCCUCUCCCCGUGACCCGGUGAACGGAUCGUCGCGCACCGGCUCCGUGCCCGAUGUCUCUCAGAAGGACCACUCGGACCACGGAGGAGAGUCGUCGGACCCGAGCGGCUCCACCACCCCUAGUACGAAGUCGCCGCGCAAGGGGUCCGAAGGAAGGCUGAAUGGAGAAGCAGGACAGGACUCUGCCCAGCAUGCAGCGCUGCGGCAGCAUGAGUUCUUCGUGCUGGACGUCUACCUCAAACACGGCCGAAACCUGCCCGCCAUGGACAAUAGCGGGACCAGCGACCCGUACGUCAAAUUCAAGCUCGGCGGGAAGGUGGUCUGCAAGUCCAAGAUCGUCUACAAGACGCUGAACCCUCUCUGGGACGAGUGGUUUCAGAUUCCCAUUGACGACCCCUACGUGCCGCUACAGAUCAAGGUGUACGACCAUGACUGGGGCAUGAACGACGACUUUAUGGGUGAGGCGGAGCUGGACCUCAGUACCUUGGAACCCAACAGAGAGCAGGAGAUGACAUUGAACCUGUCUGACUCUGUCAAGUCGGGCGAGCAGGGAAGCAUCACACUGGCUGCCAACCUGGUGCCAAAAUCCAAAGAGGAACGGGAGCAGACGCCGGAUCCUGCUGGUAUCAGGGACUGGCUACGCAGGCAUAGCUUCACGCCGACAGAUUGUGUCACAAAGCUGGCCGGGGCGGGCUCCAGGAGCACCGACUCGAAGAAGCUGAAGAACCAGCAGUGGAGCAGCGUCGUCACCAUAGUGCUGGUGGAGGCCAAGGAUCUCAUGGCGAUGGACUCGGAGGGAACCAGUGACCCAUACGUCAAACUCAGGCUGGGUGCCGAGAAGUACAAGAGCAAGGUACAGGACCGCACGCUGACGCCUCGCUGGCUGGAGCAGUUCGACAUGCACCUGUACGACAGCGGCUCGCAGAUCCUCGAGAUUGAGGUGUUCGACCACGACGCGCGCAGCAAGGAUGAUUUCAUGGGAAAGACGACGGUGGACAUCUCGAAGCUGGAGCGCGAGAAGACCCACCGUCUGUGGUGUGAGCUGGAGGACGGCGCCGGCUCUGUGUUCAUCCUGCUGACCGUGUCCGGCAUGACCAACGUGGAGACCAUCUCGGACCUGCUCACCUACCAGGAGGACCCCGAGCAAGUGGACACCAUCCGAAAACAGUUUAACCUGCGGAACACGCUGAAGCAGGUGAAGGAGGUUGGCCACCUCACGGUGAAGGUGUUCAAGGCCAUGGGUCUGGCGUCGGCCGACAUUGGCGGCAAGUCGGACCCUUUCUGCGUGUUGGAGCUGGUCAACUCGCGUCUACAGACGCAGACAGAGUACAAGACCCUGUCGCCGCAGUGGAAUAAGAUAUUCUUCUUCAACGUGAAGGACAUCCACAGCGUGCUGGAAGUAACUGUGUAUGACGAGGACAAGGACCACAAGGUCGAGUUCCUCGGGAAAGUGUCCAUCCCUCUGCUAAAGAUCCGACCAGGAGAGAGACGAUGGUACGCGCUCAAAGACAAAAAGCUGCUGGGCAGAGCUAAGGGCAACAACCCUCAAGUGAUGCUGGAAAUGGACUUAGUCUGGAACCCGGCACGGGCAGCGAUUCGCACGUUCAACCCGCGCGAAGAGAAGUACACCAGGCCAGAACUCAAGUUCAAGAGGGCAGUCUUCAUCAGAAAUGUCAACCGGCUCAAGGAGAUGGGCGCCGGCUUUGCCGAAGGAGCAAAGUUCAUCAAGAGUAUUUUCGACUGGGAGUCGAAACCACGGACGAUAGCGGCCUUCUUCGCCUUCAUGCUGGGCGCCUACUCGUUCGAGCUGUACAUGGCGCCGGUCGCACUCCUGGUCGUCUUCUUCAAGGGCUGGGUGGUGAACCUCGUCACCGCCGGCUUCCGUAGCGCCGACGACGACGACUACGUGGCCGACGACGACGACGAAGAUGACGACAAGGAUAAGGACGAGAAGAAGUCGUUGAAGGAGAAGCUGAUGGCGGUGCAGGAGGUGACGGCCAUGGUACAGAACAUCCUCGGCUACAUCGCCUCGCUCGGCGAGUGUGUCCAAAACACGUUUAACUUCACGGUGCCGUUCCUCUCGUGGCUGGCCGUGCUGGUGCUCUCGGUGGUGGCCGUCGUGCUGUACAACGUGCCCAUCCGCUACCUGGUCAUGCUGUUCGGCGUGCACAAGUUCUCCAAGAAGCUGCUGCGCCCCAACGCCAUCCCCAACAACGAACUGCUCGACUUCCUCUCGCGUGUGCCCGAUAACGAUCAGCUGCGCCAGUUCCGCGAGCUGCGGCCGGCGCAGGUGACCGACGCUGAGCGGCGCCGCGAGCAGCGCAUGAAGCAGUCGCAGAAGAAGACGUCCUAGGACGCCGCCGACGUCACCGCAUCUCGCCGUUCGUCAUCGUCAUCAUCAUGCUGUCGCCAAUUGUUGUGGCUUCCAGUCCGGGGCUCGCGGAUCCUGGCACCUUUGUUAGGCUGAAGUUUUAUCCACUCAUUGCUCUCUUGCCAGUGGUCUGUAGGCAUUGCGUUUGUGUGGAACGAGUGGUACGUCUCAGAUCAAAGGAUGAGUGGACGUAAUUGCUCGCAGAGUGCAUUUUAAGUGUUUCAUUCGAGUGCAUUUUUGUUACGUCCAUGUACUUACAUAUACCAUAUCCGUUCAUUUUAUCUAUUAGCCAGUUUUGGUUAGUCUCCUGGGUCUGAGAGCGGCAGUAAGAAUUCGGCUAGGAGUCGCUAUGUCGCCAUAGUGUGGUCUGUAGUUGUGUGAUGGUUUGUCAUUUCAAACCAGGUUACUUGUUAUGGGUCAGGACCUGUCUAUACCGUUGAUAAAAUGCAACUACUGUGUUUUUAUCAGGGAUUCGUGGGAUUGAAGUGUAUUAUUUUUGUGGGUCUAAGUUGCGAUGGAUUUUUCAUGUAGGCCAGUUUCAGUUUUUCCCUCGCAAGUAAGAUAGAUCUAGUCAAUUUGCUUUGCAUUUUAUUUUUACUGAGUGGUUACCUGUUCCCGAAUCGUUCCACUGAGUUUAUGGAGUGAAUGCCGAAACUCCGUAAUUUUCUUCUUCUGGUACAAAAUAGGCAUCAUCAGCCCAUCGUUUUACUAAAUCAGAGGAUGAUCCGUGUCAAGGUCUAAGACAGUCCAUUCGGUAGUUGUUCAGUCAUUCUGCUUAGCUUGAUGUGUACGCCAUUGUCUUUGGCUGUGCUUCUCUUACCAAAGUUCUAGUCAGCCGCGGCCCUCCACGCCACUGUGUGGCGCAGACCCAAUGGUGGCCAUCAGUCGAUAAUCCAACGCCGGGCGGCGCAGUGACCAGCUCGCCGCUGCGGUACCUGUUGCCAUGGAUACUACGCUACUCGGUCGCCAUGGUUACAACGACUGAGGUGUUUGUCUGUCCUCUGUCCGGUCCUCCCCUCCUCUGUCCUUCAGAAGGACGGUUAGGAGCCCUGUCACAGUGACGGUGCAGAAUCCCUCUAUGAGCGCACAGUGUGUACAAUUAUUGGGAUAAGGGAACUGGAGUCUGGGCAUUAGCGGAUUUACCAAAUGGAGCAGUACCUUUCCAGAACUACCGGGGGUUAAAUUGAAUGUUGGUCCUCUAUCAAAUUGCUAGCUUUACCUGAGGCUUGUGACAGUGGCAGGGCUGCCAAUAUAACUAUGCGCUGGUAAAAAGUUAAACCAUGCAUUUGUAGAAACAUGCUGAUUGCUGUGCGUCUGCUAUCCUCAUGUUCAGUUGCAUCAUGUUUGUUGCUUCGUUAGCCAACCAACGAUAUCGAAUACUUCUUGAUAUGCAUUAUGCAACUUAUGAGUCUGGAUCAUAUUUCUGGAACAGGUACAAGCCGUCUCGCAUUUUCGCCCACCCCGCCUUAGCAGUCGGAGCCCUGUAAGUCGCCGUUAUUCUUCAUUUGCGCAUUCUGUCCGCCAUUAUCCGUCCUUACGAUACGGCGAGUGUUCUUGGUUCUGCUGAGUGAGUGUGCGGGCUGCUGCCGCCGCGACUUUUUCCUGUCUGGUGAGAGCUUACGGGCCAUGAUAAACCGAGCUGACAGACACUGCUCCAGCUGACAGGCGUGGUUCGAUCGAGACGACAGAUCCGGAACGGUACUGAUGGACCCUGACUGAACCUAUAGGUCAUACCUCUAUAGAAAUAUCAUUCCAAAGAAGUGUGCUAUUGUGAUGUCUUUGCGCCCUUGGUUCCGGGAUGGCAGUGCCUGGUGUGUGAUUUGCGUGCCUUUGAUUGUUAUCGCUGUAGGGCGCGGUGCUAUACAGUUCUGUCGAUAUUAUUUGUGGACGACCUCUGUUGUCUGAUUGUUCGAUUGAAGGGACAGGUCCUAUGGGAAUUUAGUGUAAAGCCAAGUGUUGGUCAGUCUCUGAGCCCUAAAUGAUGGCAGCAGAAUGAAAAUAACAACGAAUGUCGAAUUCACCUAACAACCUCAAGAUGUUUGUAAAUGUUUGGAAUACCAAUCCUUCUCCAGCCCACUGGGACAGGGCUGGAAUUGCCUCAUUUAUAGCCCGCAGAAUACUUGCAGUUGCGUAUAUGAAUCACCGGUCGGUCGGUAUGGUUUCGGCUACCGUCCCGUGUAGGUGCGCGGGCGGCGCGUGCUGCUUCUGUUGACCCCCGGCGAGGGUCGGGGUCUGACCUGUGCGCCAGAUGGACUGAAGCUGUGAUCGGUGGGUGGUGGGAUCCGAGGCCGGUGGGGUGAGGUGUAAUGGUUUAGCCGUCGGUCGGGACAGGGACAGAACGACAGCCGCGUCGUGUGGUGAUGUGCCGUUUGGUGUCUGUGCUGCCAUACUGUAUAUCGAGACAAUACAUUGGAAAGUGGAAACGUACAUCAA